CUGUUCUGGCCCAUGUUCUACUUCAGUAAUUUUAAUUAUCUGUCUCAUAAUAAUACAGUUAAACAGUAGCUACAAUUUAAAUAACCGUUUUACUUUAAUGUUUAUAAGCUCUUGACGUAUGAGUUGACGUCUCAUCGCCGUUGACAGGAGUUAACUAUUUACAUGCAAUAUUCAUUAGAUCCUCUUUAUAGGCCUACCGUAUCACAAGUUUUAAUUGACCCUCUUCUAUGAAUUUGGGAGUGUUUAACAGAGUAAACUGGAAGGAAUCGGAGCACGGUGGGAUGUAUUCGGAAUGGGCAUCUCUCAGCAAUGUGGUGACCACUGGAGCUGGUGUGGACAGCACAAGUGUGCUGUUAAAGUUUCCAUCAUCAGCUGGUCGGGAGGUCGCAGUUUCGGUUGUCCGUCAGCUCGCCUCUAACCUUGGUAUUACACAGGCUGCAGAACCCAGCAGCCUGACCACAGACAAGGAGGUCUUGUGGUCCAUGGAAGUGAUUUGCUACGGGUUGAGUUUGCCGCUAAGUGAGCAUGACACCAUCAAAGAUUGUGUCAACGUUUACUGUGAAUGGCUCACUGCCCUCUACUCCAUUCCGAAGAUGAGUGUUCCGAAACCAAUCUGCGAGGAUCCUAACCUCUAUGCUCGCAAGAUGAUCAGCCACUUUCAUAACCUUUUCGUUCCCCGCAAAGGAGAAGACUGGGCUUUCAUUUAUCAGGAACUUACGCCAGACACCAUCAACCGACAGGCCGUACUGUGUCACCGAGUGCUGAGGACACUACAGCAUGUCGCUCAUCACUCUGUCAUCAUGGACAGGGAGACCUGGGAAACUCUGCUGAUGUUUCUGCUAGCCAUCAACGACACUCUGCUGGCCCCACCAACCAUCAAAGACGACGUGGGAGACCAGCUGUGUGAGAGGGUGUUGAGUGUGCUGGUAGAGGUGUGGCUGGUAGCCUGUACACACCACUUCCCCUCCCCGCCAUUGUGGAAGACACUAAGAGAGCUGACCAUGAACUGGCGACACCGGGUGGCUCUGGUAGAGCAGUGGAACAGAGUCAACCUAGCUCUGACGCAGAGACUGCUAGAGUCAAUGUACGGCCCAGCGUUCCCGGAGCUGAAGAUAUUGGAGGAGGACGCAGCCCUGAUACCUCCCGGGAUGACAGACUCUUGUAUAGCUCAGUGCUGGUUCAGGUUCCUACACUGUAUAGGCAACCCUGUAGACCUGUGUAGACCUCAGGUCAUCUCUCAGACACACAAGUUCCUACAGUUUGCCCUCACAAGUGACACUGGCAACCCUGUAGACCUGUGUAGACCUCAGGUCAUCUCUCAGACACACAAGUUUCUACAGUUUGCCCUCACAAGUGACACUGGCAACCCUGUAGACCUGUGUAGACCUCAGGUCAUCUCUCAGACACACAAGUUUCUACAGUUUGCCCUCACAAGUGACACUGGCAACCCAGUAGACCUGUGGAGACCUCAGGUCAUCUCUCACACACACAAGUUCCUACAGUUUGCCCUCACAAGUGACACUGGCAACCCUGUAGACCUGUGUAGACCUCAGGUCAUCUCUCAGACACACAAGUUCCUACAGUUUGCCCUCACAAGUGACACGGGCAACCCUGUAGACCUGUGUAGACCUCAGGUCAUCUCUCAGACACACAAGUUCCUACAGUUUGCUCUCACAAGUGACACUGGCAACCCUGUAGACCUGUGUAGACCUCAGGUCAUCUCUCAGACACACAAGUUCCUACAGUUUGCCCUCACAAGUGACACUGGCAACCCUGUAGACCUGUGUAGACCUCAGGUCAUCUCUCAGACACACAAGUUCCUACAGUUUGCUCUCACAAGUGACACUGGCAACCCUGUAGACCUGUGUAGACCUCAGGUCAUCUCUCAGACACACAAGUUCCUACAGUUUGCUCUCACAAGUGAUACUGGCAACCCAGUAGACCUGUGUAGACCUCAGGUCAUCUCUCAGACACACAAGUUCCUACAGUUUGCCCUCACAAGUGACACUGGCAACCCUGUAGACCUGUGUAGACCUCAGGUCAUCUCUCAGACACACAAGUCCCUACAGUUUGCCCUCACAAGUGAUACUGGCAACCCAGUAGACCUGUGUAGACCUCAGGUCAUCUCUCAGACACACAAGUUCCUACAGUUUGCCCUCACAAGUGACACUGGCAACCCUGUAGACCUGUGUAGACCUCAGGUCAUCUCUCAGACACACAAGUUCCUACAGUUUGCCCUCACAAGUGACACUGGCAACCCUGUAGACCUGUGUAGACCUCAGGUCAUCUCUCAGACACACAAGUUUCUACAGUUUGCCCUCACAAGUGACACGGGCAACCCUGUAGACCUGUGUAGACCUCAGGUCAUCUCUCAGACACACAAGUUCCUACAGUUUGCCCUCACAAGUGACACUGGCAACCCUGUAGACCUGUGUAGACCUCAGGUCAUCUCUCACACACACAAGUUCCUACAGUUUGCCCUCACAAGUGACACUGGCAACCCUGUAGACCUGUGUAGACCUCAGGUCAUCUCUCACACACACAAGUUCCUACAGUUUGCCCUCACAAGUGACACUGGCAACCCUGUAGACCUGUGUAGACCUCAGGUCAUCUCUCAGACACACAAGUUCCUACAGUUUGCUCUCACAAGUGACACUGGCAACCCUGUAGACCUGUGUAGACCUCAGGUCAUCUCUCAGACACACAAGUUCCUACAGUUUGCUCUCACAAGUGACACUGGCAACCCUGUAGACCUGUGUAGACCUCAGGUCAUCUCUCAGACACACAAGUUCCUACAGUUUGCUCUCACAAGUGACACUGGCAACCCUGUAGACCUGUGUAGACCUCAGGUCAUCUCACAGACACACAAGUUCCUACAGUUUGCCCUCACAAGUGAUACUGGCAACCCUGUAGACCUGUGUAGACCUCAGGUCAUCUCACAGACACACAAGUUCCUACAGUUUGCCCUCACAAGUGACACUGGCAACCCUGUAGACUUGUGUAGACCUCAGGUCAUCUCUCAGACACACAAGUUCCUACAGUUUGCCCUCACAAGUGAUACUGGCAACCCAGUAGACCUGUGUAGACCUCAGGUCAUCUCUCAGACACACAUGUUCCUACAGUUUGCCCUCACAAGUGACACUGGCAACCCUGUAGACCUGUGUAGACCUCAGGUCAUCUCUCAGACACACAAGUUCCUACAGUUUGCCCUCACAAGUGACACUGGCAACCCUGUAGACCUGUGUAGACCUCAGGUCAUCUCUCAGACACACAAGUUCCUACAGUUUGCCCUCACAAGUGAUACUGGCAACCCUGUAGACCUGUGUAGACCUCAGGUCAUCUCUCAGACACACAAGUUCCUACAGUUUGCUCUCACAAGUGACACUGACCUCAGGUCAUCUCUCAGACACACAAGUUCCUACAGUUUGCUCUCACAAGUGACACUGGUAAGUAGUCCAGGAAUGACAGACUCCUGUAUAGCUCAGUGCUGGUUCAGGUUCCUACACUGUAUAGGCAACCCAGUAGACCUGUGUAGACCUCAGGUCAUCUCUCAGACACACAAGUUCCUACAGUUUGCUCUCACAAGUGACACUGUUGUGGACCCCUGUCAACAUCCCUGCUUGAACAUUCUACCAUUGAACUUCCUCAAAGCCAUUAAAGGAAUAGCAGGACAAGUUGAUGCUUUCUUAGGUACUCAGUCCCAGAGUCUUGUGUGGGAUAUGGGGGAACUGACGGAGAGGGACAAGAAGGACCCCCAUCCCCCCACACACUCCCCCACCCCCCCGCCAGUACGGCGGCUUGCUAAGAGCUUUAGUGUUGCACCCUCUGCAGUCACCAAGGGUGGGUUGAAACUUGUGCAUUCUGCAGAGUUGUUUCGACUGCACACGGUCGACGAUUUUGGUAUUCCGAAGGCGUCCCUGAUAGGUCUGACGUCCAGUCGUAUACAAGCGUCCACACACACACCUCUCAGUUCUGGUCCAUCUUCCACUUCUAGUGCUACAUCAAUGUUGUCGCUGGGCUCGGAGGUCCGUAGUUCUCUUGCUCCUUCUCGCCCCAAGUGUAACAGCAUUCUCCAUCUGUUUGGGGAGUGGCUGUUUGAGGCAGCCCAAAUAGGAACAGAACUCACCAAAACUGGAUUUAGAGAGGGAAGCAGCAAGAGACCCAGUUCUGUGAUGCUGGACCACAGCUCUCUUGGCAGCAACAGGAAAGGUUCUCUGUCUCUCUCUCAGCCAGGGUCUCUGUCAGAAGACUCUUUAGAUGCACCCAGCUGUCUCAGUAUUGAUAGAUACCAAGCUGGUCGAGCGGAAGCUAUUGGAGCCUUGUGUCGUAUCUUCUGUGCCAAGAAGACAGGAGAAGACAUUCUCCCUGUGUACUACGCAAGAUUCUAUCUGACUCUGCAACAAAGCUUUCGUCAUGUUGAGAUAACGCGGGAAUGUGACGAAUGCCUGGCCUGCAUCAUAGUCAACUCUACAGAUCUGCUGCGGCUAGACUUGGACGGAGUGCAGAUGCUAGUUCCCAGCAUUAUUGAUGCGUUGGAGAUUAUACUGCCUGACAAGGACCUUAAACUCAGGUCUCCAUCCAUAUCUAAGGUGGAACUUAGAAGAGCUUCGAUACAAAUUUUACUCUCUAUGUUGGCGCUUCCUUUACAUUUCCAGAACCUGGUCAUCAAGGAUCUCACUCCGUCGCAGACCCAAGAAAGAUCACCGUUGACAUUCUCUCAACUCAAACCUCGACUGAUGAACCUCCUCAUUAAUGCUCUCCUGGUUGAGGCAGACCCUCAGAACACACAUAUGCUGCUAGGUGGUCUAAUGCUGAGUGUGCAGGACUCGGCUUUGUUCGAAGCGAUGGAUCAAGUAACGCAACCAGAUGCUGCCUCCAGCGACUCAACAUCCAAUGUGUUAUCAUCAGACACUAUGAGCUCCAUGGGAGAUUCUUCAGUUUUGGACGAGUGGGAUUCCACUAAUAUUACAGUCGGAGACUCGGAAUUGUUUGGAAUCACCUCUAUUCAUCCUCUAAACAAAAACUCGGCCAACGCACUGUUUGUAAGGGCUACAUGUCUGGUGUGUCAUCGUCUCAUCUCCUCAUGGAAGACGGACUUGAACGUCUCACUCGCUGCUCUCGAACUGUUGGCUGGCCUGGCUCGCACAAACAUCAGAGAAACCGAUGCGCUCGAGUGCAAGAGAGCGGUCAAGUGGUUGUGUGACUACAUAGUGUUCCAGUGCGGACGUCCACCCCCGGGACACAGCAAGGAUCUACACUCCACCAUCGUGGCAGCCUUCCAAACAGCCGAGGUGUGGCUGGUCACCCACCCCACACUGCUCAAUGACAAAGAGACGCUGCACACCGUGCUGGAGGUGGUGGAGCUCGGCAUAUCCGGCACCAAGAGUCAGGGCAAGCCGGGAGAACCACUGAAGAUGAAAGAUGAAAAAGAGUUGAAGCCAGUGUCAAUGAGGGUCCGGGAUGCUGCGGAGUCUUUGUUGACUGUUGUCUUGGAACAGGUGGGCUACUUCCCAGCAGCCUGUGGGGCAGAGUCCCUGUCCUGUCUGCUAGACGAGGUGUUGCUAGUCAAACAUUGCAACUCAUGGAGCGGCGAGGCCCUCACCCAAGUGUCUGCUGUGGCCAAGUUCCGCUACUUUGUGGUGGAGAAUUCCACUGUGCUGGCUUUGCUAGAGGAGCCUUUGGGAAAUGAUCAAGACCCGCAGCCAACCAUCACUGUGCUGAUCAGAGGAGGGUUCGGCCGACACGCCUGGACUCUACAGCUUCGUCACUUGCCUCGACACCGUAGUGGCACCAAGUACCAGCACACACCCAACCCUGGGCGACCUGUACCCUUGGAGGAACUACCCUCCAGGCAGCAACCCAAACACAAGUACUUCCCUGACAGCGUGGACAGGAUACCUCAGUGUAGGGCGGACAAGUCAAUCCCAGACCUAGGAGCCAUGCUGCUGGAAGACCCCAGCGGAGAACUGAGUGAACUCUCACGACUGCUGGAGUCUCAGAUACAGCUGGAGAAGGGGGAGAGUGCUGCCCCCUCCCCUCCUGGACCACCCCUGGGAGAGUGUACCCCUCCCCCACCCUGCCACGACUUCCAGACUGCCAGGCUCUUCCUGUCACACUUCGGACUGUUGUCAAGACUUGACAACAAUCAGGAGCCAGGACUACCGCCAUUGGUCGCCCUGGACACGAGUCACCCGUCCUUCUGUCAGGACUUAGAGGCCCUUGACAACAUAGGCAGCCGUACAGCUAACACCUGUCAUGUAUUCUAUGUCAGAGCUGGCCAGAAACAACCUGAACACAUUCUGAACAAUGUGUUGUCAGAAUCAACUGUCUCCCCACAUUUCCUGGAGAUGCUGCUGUCUCUAGGCUGGGUAGUGAGAGUCUCUCAACAUCCGGGCUGGACAGGUCACAUUGCUACCAGCUACAAGCUGAACCACACCACUGGCUCGGUGGAUGGUCCUGCUCCUGACUCCAUCACUGGUCACGGGGGUAGUUUGUUUAACGGAGACUCUCACGUGCUCUACUGGUCAGAUGUCAGCUCCGAGAUAGCUUUUGUAGUGCCGACCUUGACUAGGAGAAGUAAACACUUUCAACAAUACCAGCAUGACCCAGUGUGGUACGAGCGCAGCAUGAGUGCGCCGUGUGAGUCACAGGACAAGCCGCGAGCCAUGAGUCUGGACCUGGAGACUACGAGUCAUAAGUCGCACCAGAGCCAUGUCAGAAGACAUCCUCCCACGUGUGUCAUGCUGGUGUGGCUGGAGAGCUAUGAGGACCAUCUACACUUCCCUGCCAGCGAGUUGCAGGCACACACCACCACAGGCCUGGAGACUCAGUCCGUGUCCAAGGCUCAGGACUGUUUUGUCAUUUUCUUGCACGCUCUCAACAGUGGCCUGCUCAGAGUCAAGUUGCAGGGACCUACUGGCAGAAUGAACAUGGCUACUCCGCUGGUGGAUGGUAUGGUUAUUAGUAGGAGAGUCGUUGGCUCUCUGGUGAGACAGACUGCUCUGAACAUCUGUCGCAGACGACGCCUGGAUAAUGACAGCUACCAACCUCCCCAUGUUAGAAGACGGAUGAAGGUACAAGAGUUGGUGUCCAAGUACCGCUGUGACAUGAGUCAGCCAGAACUGUUGACGUACCUACUGACAGGAGCUCCCUGACCUCCAAGCUCCUGGAGACGCAAGACUGGCUACUCCAAACGCUGAUGGUAACAUCGGCUCGUAUACUCCAGCUAAGGGCUUCGGCCAUGUUGGGAACUUACAAAAGCACCUCUGUGAACUUGCAAGAAGCACUCUAUACCGUACCGUGACUACAAUAGUUUUCAGUAAUCUAAGUACUUAAACAUUCUUUUAGAUUUCUUCUUCUAGAGACUAUCAAACAAUUUAAAGGAGGACUUCUGACUCAAGUUUGCAGAGAAUUCGAAACUUGAGGGCAAGCUAUGAGUUCAUGUAACUAAGAAUACAAAAUGAAAGAGAAGUGAACAGAAUGAAAGUAAAUAAAAAGUGUUAGGUAACAAAUAUGGUACCUUAACCAUUUAAAGUAGUUUAAAGUAAACUAUUGUCAAACUUAAAAAAGGCUGGUUGAAAUCUGUAACACCUUUAACAACAACUGAAAACUUGUAUAUAAAUUGGCGCCAUUAUCCACCCCUUUGUUAUGUAAUGAUUUUGUUAUGUUUAUGAUAUUUCUUUUCUUUGUUGAGUUAGAAAAUUAGUUUUCAACAACAUUUUGUCCAGUUUUUCCAAGUAUGUAGCUUCAUAAUGUUCUAAAUCUCCCCCAUUUAAUUCAUAGAACUCUUUUGCUCUUUUUUUAUGUUUCAUCAUGAUCUUACUUAAUUAAUGUAAACCUAAAUAUACAGUAUGAGUUCAGUAUAUAAUACAUAUAAAUUGGCACUGUAAAAUAAACAAGUUUUUUAGUA